GCAGAAGCAGGGGUUCCGCUGACAAACGUGAACGUACAGAACGUAGAAGCCUUUUAACGCUAAUAUGCAGUUUCCCUGUAUGGCUGUUGUGCAUUAUUAAUCUAGGUAUUGCGUAUUUAGUUUAGGAAACACGAAUACUACAUGAUAAAUGAGGUAAAAUGGAUUGUGACUGGGACCCCAGUUUCUCCCUCGCCUCCACUCCUCCCAGCUCAGGAAAGACCAGCCCACCAGGACGUGCGUCCUCCGCGUUUGAGUCGCUUCGGCACCCGUAAUUGUGAACUUUGACAGCGGCUGGUCCCCGGAAGUUGGACGCAUGCGCCGUUUCUCUGCAUGGUGUGCGUUGUUAUUCUAGCUGCGGCAGCAGGAGCUGUGGCGGUUUUCCUAAUCCUGCGAAUAUGGGUAGUGCUUCGUUCCAGGGACGUUACGCCCCGGGAGUCUCUCAGUAUCUUGGUAGUGGCUGGGUCCGGUGGGCAUACCACUGAGAUCCUGAGGCUGCUUGGGAGCUUGUCCAAUGCCUACUCACCUAGACAUUAUGUCAUUGCUGACACUGAUGAAAUGAGUGCCAACAAAAUAAAUUGUUUUGAACUAGAUCGAGCUGAUAGAGACCCUAGUAACAUGUAUACCAAAUACUACAUUCACCGAAUUCCAAGAAGCCGGGAGGUUCAGCAGUCCUGGCCCUCCACCGUUUUCACCACCUUGCACUCCAUGUGGCUCUCCUUUCCCCUAAUUCACCGGGUGAAGCCAGAUUUGGUGUUGUGUAAUGGACCAGGAACAUGUGUUCCUAUCUGUGUAUCUGCCUUUCUCCUUGGGAUACUAGGAAUAAAGAAAGUGAUCAUUGUCUACGUUGAAAGCAUCUGCCGUGUAGAAACGUUAUCCAUGUCCGGAAAGAUUCUGUUUCAUCUCUCAGAUUACUUCAUUGUUCAGUGGCCGGCUCUGAAAGAAAAGUAUCCCAAAUCGGUGUACCUUGGGCGAAUUGUUUGACAAAUGGCAACUGACUUCUUUAGAAUUUUGCAGUUAACAGUAGUAUGUACUCAAAUUGGGGGGAAAAAACCCUACAUGUUUCUUGUAAAGGCGUCUGACAGUCCUGAGAAUUAUUGAUGGUAAGGAAUAAAAAAUGUACAGAUGACUCAGUGAAGAAACUGAGGCUUCUCUUAUGAAACAAACAUUGAUAAACGUAACUACUAAAUGUUUAUGCCUCUGUAAACCAAAUUUCUUUUCUAGAUAAAAAUAUGUAUUACUACCUGCAAAUUUUCUUCUGGCUGUUUUAGUAGUAUUUUUUUUACAGAACUAAAUAUAGAGUUUGUAUGAUUAGUAAUAUUUCCUGUCCUACAGCUUUUUUUUUUUUUUUGUAAAGUAUUCUGCCUUGUAAAAGAAGAGAAAAAAAAAAGUAUUUCUGAGUUUUGGUUCAGAUACAAAAGGCUUUAUUUCCUGUAUGGAAACAGUGAUGUCCCCAGUGAAUCCUUUCAGCAUAAAGGAAGCAGUUAUAUUAAAUUGGCUUCAUGACAAUUUGCACUCCACAAGCCUCCAGAACCUUGAGCAUAAACCAGUAUCAUUUUUUGUACUUCAGUCUUGCUUUUUGAGUAGUUGGCCUUAAUAUAGAGUAUCUUUUAAAAUCUCUUGUUUAGGCCGGCAUGACGGCUCACACCUGUAAUCCCAGCACCUUGGGAGGCUGAGGCGGGUGGAUCACUGGAGGUCAGGAGUUUGACACCAGCCUGACCAACAUGGUGAAACCUUGUCUCUACUAAAAAUACAAAAAUUAGUCAGGCGUGGUGGCACAUGCCUGUAAUCCCAGCUACUCAGGAGGCUGAGGCAGGAGAAUCGCUUGAACCCGGGAGGCAGAGGCUGCAGUGAGCCAAGAUUGCACCAUUGCACUCCAUCCAGCCUGGGUGACAAGAGUGAAACUUCGUCUCAAAAAAAAAAAAAAAAAAAAAAAAAAAAAAAAAAAAAAAAAACUCAAUGAUGUAGGGACUGUUAUUAUUCCCAUUUUACAGAUGACUUGUCCAAGAUCACAUGACUAGUAAGUAGCAAAGCCAGAAUUCAAGUUCAGGUAAACCUGACUUCUUAGUGGGGCCAGUUUCACGGGUGUGUGGCCUGUGCAGUCACACAGAGUUCUGCACUGAAGAGGGCCUCCACUUGGUUUAAUGUUCUGCUGUGACUCUCUUGAACUUCUGAAUAUUUUUUUAAACAAUGAACUUAUAUUUUAGACCCUCUGAAUUCUUUCGCUGGUCCUGCUUGAGACUGUGUUUCUAGUGGUGCCAUGUCUACUGUAAUAGAAGUACAAUAGUUAGUGCAGUGCUUGGCCCAGGAGCUCCUCAAAAACAGGAAUUCCAUUUCCUUCCCUCUAACCUCUGCUUCUUUAACAAAGCAGCCAAAAAAAAAAAAACAAAAUAAAAAACAGAAAAGAGAAGAUUCUCUCCUGUAGUAUAUAUAGGUUUUUUCCUCUUAAAUCUUUUGCUUUAUAAGUAUGAUAUAAAUCUAAUAAAUUGUGAUUAGUGAAGUGAUUGAAUUUUUGUGAAAAGAGACAUGAUUAUCCACGAUCAUGUAAGAUUAAAAUCCUGAGGCUGA